AUGUCCUGCGCCACGCUCCGCAAAGUGGAGUCUCCGUGGUUGCCGCCAUCCAGAGAGUUGGACCGGUUGGCCGGCACGAAUACCGAACGGGAUCUAAUCCCGUUGUUCGAUUGCAGGGAGAUUUGCCCUCCUGAUUCCAGCACGGAAACUAUUCGUGCUGAGGAAGAGUUCUUCACCGAUGCGUUCUAUAAACAUCGGCGGUACAAUGGUAGCCGUGUACGAGACGGCAAAGCCUUGGUGCAGGGACGGAAUGCACUCCUCCACAACAUCGAGUGUAUUGGCCGUGAGGCUUGGCUCUCCAAACUUGAUGCCAUCGCAUCAGGUUUGAGAAACGCAACCCCGUCGAGGCGCGAUACAAGUGCACAGGCUUUCAAGAGAGGCAGGACUACCCUGUCUCUCGUGGGGUGA